GUGGGUGUGAAGAUCAGCAGCGCUGCAAGACCCCAGCCCUCCAGGACUCUCGGCUGAGCUGGGGCAGGGAUGGGCAGCAAAGAAUCAAUAAGUUUACACUAACGCAAUGUGCCCAGGGCUACCCUGGGGGAGGCAUCCAGGGGGCCCAUUAGGGAACAGCCAGUUCUGCGUGAGAAGGGUAGGGGGUGCUGUCAAGGAGGGUUUCAAAUAGGUGAUGACUUUUGGUUGGCCUUGAAAGAUGAGUGGGAUUUUGUCUGGCAGAGGAACUGAGGUAGACAGAGCACAGAUUCCAGUGAGGUGUUUUAGGGAGUAGCAGUUUGGUAGGGUCGGGAGGAGGAUGGGGCAGUGUGAGAAGGGGCUGGAGUACUUCUCUAGCCAGAAGAAGGCCCUGAGCCUGUCUGUGCCCGGGAUCCCCAGGGGUUGGGGAGGGUCUUCCUGCUCCCAGACUCAGAGAGGGCAAGGCACUUGCCCAAGGUUGCACAGCCCGCCUACCAGUUACUGAGGCCCUUAGCUACUGCCUGAGAGGUCUGGACUUUACCCUGCAGACCAUGGGAGCCAUGAAAGGUUUUUAAAGUAGGAAUCAGCAUGUGCAUUUUAGAAAACAAUUUUGCAUUUUUGGGAAGUGGAACUCUGAGAAUGGUUAAUGCUUAACUCAAGGGCCUGAAUCACCAUCAAGGAUACUGGGCUUUGUGGAUAGAGGAAGAAAGGGGCCCUGUAGUACCACUCAAGUCAUCCCAUCCAUGUGGGGGGGUGUCCUGGCACCCCAUUCACACCUGCCUGGGCUGGCGGCCCAGCCAGGGCAUAGGGAGCGCCCAGCAGUGCCCCUGUUCUCCCCUACUGAAGGGGGGGGUGCCACACCUCCCCUGGGAGGACCACUGAUCUGGGUAGGGAAGCUAUGUGCGCCCCCACUGAGGUUGUUGGAGGGCACAGACCCUGUGCCCUGGGGGAGGAGAGCCAGAGGAGGUGCUUUGUGGCAGCCCCAGACCAGGAAAUAGCCUCUGCCCUCCCCCAUCCUGAGACAUUUCCUCCAGAUGAAAUCACAUCCCCAGCAGGGGAACAGGCCCCCAUUGUGAAGGGCUGGGGUCUCGAGAGAAAGGGCGUCUUUCAGGCCCUUAAAAAUAGCAGCCCUGAGAUUUAUGAAUCUACAUGGAAUAGAGUGGCCCACUCUCCCCCAGAGCAGCACAGGCCCUGUCACCCCCAUCCCACACCGUGACCUGGCAGUGACCAGCUGGAGAGUCCUCUAGCCCAGACCAGGGAGGGGCAGCUGAUCUGCCGGGUUCACAUGCUCUCCCUCUGCUUAGCCCACCAGAGCUAAGACUGUCACUGGCUUUGUCCAGGCCUGUAACGGAGCACCUGGUGGGGUCAGCCUAAGGGAACCCUGCCACAUGAUCGAAGUGGGACUGGCACUGACCACGGCUGUUGGCUGAUCACUCCCUGAGCUGGGGGGCAGAGGCUGCCACUGGCCGUUUCACGCUGGUGUCUUAACAGACCUUCAGCCACCUCUGCAGGGCUGGGUGCCAGGAUCCCCCUACUUCUCCCACCUGAGAGCAGGGAGGGUGGGGCCGUGUGCACACGUGGGGCUUUGUGUGAUAUUGUGAGGUGGAUGGUACAUGUGAACUGUGAGAGUUUUAGCCAUUCUAGACUCCAAGAGGUGAAGGGCAGAGGGAGAGGAGAUGGUUGGGAAGGGCUGUCCGCGGAGCAUCCCUGAGAACAAGCUCUUCUGGGCUCCUCUGGGACGGCCCUCCCCUUCCUCUGCCGGGGUCUGGCCUGAUUAGAGUGGGAUGCGGAGCUACAGCACCUUCUGGGACCUCGCAGUCGUUUCAUUUGUGUGAGGGGCCCCCGAGCCCAACCCAGCAUUCUGAGGUAACCUCCGUGGGCCACCUGGAGAUGGGGAGGGGCUGUAGGAGCUGGUGGCUGACAUACCAGCUGUUGGCAGCUCUGUCCUUCCGCAGCCCUGCUGCCACCCACGGAGCCCCAGCCCCUCCCUUCCCCUCCGUCCUUUCAAACAUAGCCAGUGCCGUCAGCCACUUGUCACAGACAUACAGCUGGAGCCCUAGCCCCCUGUAGUCCCAGACCCCCACCCCCGGACACCCCACCAUGCAGCUCUGCGCCCGCUCCAUCCUUCUCCCGCUUCCCAGAAUCCGUGCUCCGACUCCUCCUUGGAGAGAGUGGGAUGAUGUCACUUCCUGAGGGUGGGGGGAGGAGUAGGCACGACCCCAGCAGGCUAGCCCGCCGGCCCGCCCGCCAGGCCGCCACCUCGCUGGGAGCAGCCUGGCAGCGGCUGGAUGAAGUGGCUGCACCAGGGAAAGGGCGACAGAGACGGGCUGGACUGGACGUGCCGGCUGGCCACCAGACCCCAAACCCCCUCGCCCACCCUGAGGGCCAUCCCACCGGUCGGGGGAGACUUGGCCACUUCCCAAGUGAUGCCGGUCUCCGCAGACACUCUUUUUCCCUGGAGCCGUCACCGGGGAGAGGAGGACUUGCUGCCUACCCUUGGACCAGAUGCCAUGAGGUGAGCGCCAGGCCCGCUGAGCCUCCGCAGAGCUGCCAGCCAUGCCCGGGAUUGUGGUGUUCCGGCGACGCUGGUCAGUGGGCAGCGAUGACCUCGUCCUGCCAGCCAUCUUCCUCUUCCUCCUGCACACCACAUGGUUUGUGAUCCUGUCCGUGGUGCUCUUCGGCCUGGUCUACAACCCGAACGAGGCCUGCUCCCUGAACCUGGUGGACCACGGCCGCGGCUACCUGGGCAUUUUGCUGAGCUGCAUGAUUGCAGAGAUGGCCAUCAUCUGGCUGAGCAUGCGCGGGGGCAUCCUCUACACGGAGCCCCGAGAAUCCAUGCAGUAUGUGCUCUACGUGCGCCUGGCCAUCCUGGUGAUCGAGUUUAUCUACGCCAUCGUGGGCAUCGUCUGGCUCACUCAGUACUACACCUCCUGCAAUGACCUCACUGCCAAGAACGUCACGCUUGGGAUGGUCGUCUGCAAUUGGGUGGUCAUCCUUAGUGUCUGCAUCACUGUCCUCUGCGUCUUCGACCCCACGGGCCGCACCUUCGUCAAGCUGAGGGCCACCAAGAGGAGGCAGCGCAACCUGCGGACCUACAACCUGCGGCACCGCUUAGAAGAGGGUCAGGCCACCAGCUGGUCACGCCGGCUCAAAGUGUUCCUCUGCUGCACACGGACAAAGGACUCCCAGUCAGACGCCUACUCGGAAAUCGCCUACCUCUUUGCCGAGUUUUUCCGAGACCUCGACAUUGUGCCGUCUGACAUCAUCGCGGGCCUGGUGCUGCUCCGGCAGCGGCAGCGGGCCAAGCGCAACGCCGUGCUGGAUGAGGCCAACAACGACAUCUUGGCCUUCCUGUCUGGGAUGCCAGUGACCAGAAACACCAAGUACCUCGACCUGAAGAACUCGCAAGAGAUGCUCCGCUACAAAGAGGUCUGCUACUACAUGCUCUUCGCCCUGGCUGCCUACGGGUGGCCCAUGUACCUGAUGCGGAAGCCAGCCUGCGGCCUCUGCCAGCUGGCCCGGUCCUGCUCGUGCUGCUUGUGCCCCGCAAGGCCCCGGUUUGCUCCUGGAGUUACCAUUGAGGAAGACAACUGCUGUGGCUGCAACGCCAUUGCCAUCCGGCGCCACUUCCUGGACGAGAACAUGACCGCGGUGGACAUUGUCUAUACCUCCUGCCACGAUGCGGUCUAUGAAACCCCCUUCUAUGUGGCAGUGGACCAUGACAAGAAGAAGGUGGUGAUCAGUAUCCGGGGAACCCUGUCCCCCAAGGAUGCCCUGACAGACCUGACUGGUGAUGCCGAGCGCCUCCCCGUGGAGGGGCACCAUGGCACCUGGCUAGGACACAAGGGAAUGGUCCUCUCGGCUGAGUACAUCAAGAAGAAGCUGGAACAGGAAAUGGUCCUAUCUCAGGCCUUCGGGCGAGACCUGGGCCGUGGAACGAAACACUAUGGCCUGAUUGUGGUGGGCCACUCCCUGGGUGCAGGCACCGCUGCCAUCCUCUCCUUCCUCCUGCGCCCCCAGUACCCGACCCUCAAGUGCUUUGCCUACUCCCCACCAGGGGGCCUGCUGAGUGAGGACGCCAUGGAGUACUCCAAGGAGUUUGUGACGGCUGUGGUUCUGGGCAAAGACCUUGUCCCCAGGAUCGGCCUCUCCCAGCUGGAAGGCUUCCGCAGACAGCUUCUGGACGUCCUGCAGCGAAGCACCAAACCCAAAUGGCGAAUCAUUGUGGGGGCCACCAAAUGCAUUCCCAAGUCGGAGCUGCCCGAGGAGGUGGAAGUGACCACCCUGGCCAGCACGCGGCUCUGGACCCACCCCAGUGACCUGACCAUUGCCCUGUCAGCCAGCACCCCUCUCUACCCUCCUGGCCGCAUCAUCCACGUUGUCCACAACCACCCAGCAGAGCAGUGCUGCUGCUGUGAACAGGAGGAGCCCACGUACUUUGCCAUCUGGGGCGACAACAAGGCCUUCAACGAGGUGAUCAUCUCGCCGGCCAUGCUGCACGAGCACCUCCCCUACGUGGUCAUGGAGGGGCUCAACAAGAUGCACAGCCAAGCAGAGGCAGCCUUGGCCAUCACCCGGCCAUGGAAAGGCUGGCCACCGGGAAGGAAAGCUCCAACCUUGCCCAUCUGUGGGGUGCUGGAGAACUACAACAAGGGGAAGACGGCCCUGCUCUCUGCCGCGAAGGUCAUGGUGAGCCCCACUGAGGUAGACCUGACUCCGGAGCUCAUCUUCCAGCAGCAGCCGCUGCCCACGGGGCCACCCGUGCCUGCUGGCCUGGCCCUGGAGCUGCCCACCGCAGACCACCGAAACAGCAGCGUCAGGAGCAAGUCCCAGUCGGAGAUGAGCCUGGAGGGCUUCUCGGAGGGGCGGCUGCUGUCACCAGUGGCUGCAGCCUCGGCAGCCCGCCAGGACCCAGUGGAGCUGCUGCUGCUGUCCACACAGGAGCGGCUGGCAGCUGAGCUGCAGGCGCGGAGGGCGCCGCUGGCCACCAUGGAGAGCCUCUCGGACACGGAGUCGCUGUACAGCUUCGACUCGCGCCGCUCCUCUGGCUUCCGCAGCAUCCGUGGCUCGCCCAGCCUCCACGCCGUGUUGGAGCGUGACGAGGGCCACCUCUUCUACAUCGACCCCGCCAUCCCCGAGGAGAACCCGUCCCUGAGCUCGCGCACUGAGCUGCUGGCGGCCGACAGCCUGUCCAAGCACUCGCAGGACACACAGCCCCUGGAGGCCGCCCUGGGCAGCGGGGGCGUCACCCCUGAGCGACCCCCCAGCGCUGCAGCCAACGAGGAGUUGGAAGAAGGGGGUGGCGGGGCGGCCCCCCGCAGCGGAGAGCUGGCGCUGCAUGAUGGGCGCCUGGGGGACUCGCCCAGCCCUCAGGUGCUGGAGUUCGCCGAGUUCAUCGACAGCCUCUUCAACCUGGACAGCAAGAGCAGCUCCUUCCAGGACCUCUACUGCAUGGUGGUGCCCGAGAGCCCCACUAGCGACUAUGCUGAGGGCCCCAAGACCCCCAGCCAGCAAGAGAUCCUGCUCCGCGCCCAGUUUGAGCCCAACUUGGUGCCCAAGCCCCCGAGGCUCUUUGCCGGCUCGGCCGACCCCUCAUCGGGCAUCUCGCUGUCACCCUCCUUCCCUCUCAGCUCCUCAGGCGAGCUCAUGGACCUGACACCCACGGGCCUCAGCAGCCAGGAGUGCCUGGCAGUGGACAAGAUCCGGACUUCUACCCCCACCGGCCACGGGGCCAGCCCCACCAAGCAGGAUGACCUGGUCAUCUCGGCACGCUAGCACCCCAGGGGCGGCUGCCAGCUGAGGCCCAGGCCAGAGCUCCUCGGGCUCCUGGUGGCCGUCCCUGGGCUGGGCAUCUUUGAGGAAAGGUCUCUGGGGCCAGCAUAGCCUCAGGCGUUGGGCACUGCUGCUGAGCUGGAGGUCCGCAUCCCUACCUCAGCUUAGGAGCCCCCCAGAGCCAAGGCAGCUGGGAUCUGGGCCUCCAGAUAGGGAAUGACGGGGAGGAGCGUGGAGCAAGGAGGAGCCUGGGGCCCACCUACCACGUGGGCAGGGCAAUACUCCGCCCUCUCA